GCCCAUUCCGAGAUUCUAGUUCAGGAGAAAUCGAUAUUCUAUCUCUAUCCGUUGUUUUCAUUUCUGCGGUUUGGAGAGAGACACAGCUGGACUGACAACUCUGUACAGGAACAGUCACUCGAGUCGAAUUAUUUCUUCUCUUCAGUGGCUGUUAUUGCAAGGCUUUAACUGUGGAGAUCUGCGCCUCAUUCCGGCCUUCAUGUCAAGCCUUGGGGAUAGGGUGUAUUCCUCAUUUCCCACUGUCCGCCCAUAGCUUGUCCAUGUCGCUCCGGCGCUCCUCGGGGCUCAUGGAGAGCUCCGGGUCCGCCGAGCCCAGGGAGCUGUUCGAGGCCUGCAGGAGCGGAGACCUGGAGCGGGUGAAGAGGCUCGUGUGCCCGGUGAAUGUGAACAGCAGGGACACCGCAGGGAGGAAGUCCACCCCGCUGCACUUCGCUGCGGGUUUUGGCCGUAGAGAUGUGGUGGACUACCUCCUUCAGCACGGAGCAAACGUGCACGCUCGUGAUGAUGGCGGCCUCAUCUCGCUCCACAACGCCUGCUCGUUUGGUCACGCUGAAGUCGUUAGCCUGCUCCUGCAACACGGGGCUGAUGCCAACUCCAGAGACAACUGGAAUUACACCCCGCUGCACGAGGGUGCCAUCAAGGGCAAGAUCGACGUCUGCAUCGUUUUGCUGCAACAUGGUGCUGAGCCAACGAUCCGAAACACUGAUGGAAGGACAGCGCUUGACCUGGCUGAACCCUCCACCAAAGCUGUGCUGACCGGUGACUAUAGAAAGGAUGAACUCCUGGAGAGCGCACGAAGUGGAAAUGAAGAAAAACUGAUGAGCCUCCUCACACCAUUAAAUGUGAACUGUCACGCUAGUGAUGGAAGGAAGUCAACGCUUCUGCAUCUGGCCGCUGGUUAUAAUCGUGUGAAGACAGUGCAGCUGUUGUUGCAGCAUGGAGCCGACGUGCACGCUAAAGACAAAGGUGAUCUCGUGCCUCUUCAUAACGCCUGUUCAUACGGUCACUAUGAGGUAGCUGAGUUGCUUGUAAAGCAUGGUGCUUGUGUCAACACUACGGACCUGUGGCAGUUCACACCUUUACACGAAGCAGCCUCAAAAAACAGAGUGGAGGUCUGUUCGCUCCUGCUCAGCUGCGGCGCAGACCCCACCUUCCUCAACUGCCACAACAAGAGCGCCAUCGAUCUGGCCCCGAGCGCCCUGCUGAAGGAGCGCCUGGCGUAUGAGUUCAGAGGUCAUUCUUUGCUGCAGGCGGCAUGUGAGGCGGACAUGGCCCGCUUUAAAAAACACCUCUCCCUUGAGACCAUCAACUUCAAACACCCCCUAACCCAAGAAACCGCUCUACAUUGUGUCUCCACGUCGCCCUAUCCCAAGAGGAAACAGAUCUGUGAAUUGCUGCUCAGGAAGGGCGCCAACGUCAAUGAGAAGAAUAAAGACUUCCUCACACCUCUGCAUCUUGCUGCUGAGAAGUCCCACAAUGACAUCAUCGAGGUGCUGGUGAAACACGAAGCGAAGGUGGAUGCGGUAGAUCACCUGGGUCAGACAGCGCUGCACCGCGCGGCUCACCUCGGACAUCUGCAGACCUGUCGAUUGCUCCUGAGUGCAGGAUGUGACCCGCUCAUCACCUCCCUACAGGGCUUCUCACCCUCCCAGCUCGCCAAUGAAAGCAUUCAGGAGAUACUGCAAGAGGGAGCAUGCACAGGCAACUCCGAUACAGACAGGCAGCUGUUAGAAGCCGCCAAAUCAGGAGAUCUGGAAGUCGUAAAGAAGCUCUGUACUCUUCAGAACGUGAACUGUAGAGACGCUGAGGGAAGGCAGUCCACACCUCUGCACUUCGCUGCCGGAUACAACUGUGUGGCUGUGGUGGAGUAUCUGCUGCAGCACAGAGCCGAUGUGCACGCUAAGGACAAAGGUGGUCUGGUUCCCUUGCACAAUGCCUGUUCUUAUGGGCAUUAUGAGGUGGCUGAGCUCCUCGUCCUUCACGGUGCUCUGGUUAACGUGGCCGACCUGUGGAAGUUCACCCCCCUGCAUGAGGCGGCCGCCAAGGGCAAAUAUGAGAUCUGCAAACUGCUGCUUCAGCAUGGUGCUGACCCGACCAAGAAGAACCGUGAUGGAAACACCCCUCUGGACUUGGUGAAGGAAGGCGACACAGACGUUCAGGAUCUGCUCAGGGGUGACGCAGCACUGCUGGACGCCGCCAAGAAAGGCUGCUUAUCUCGCGUUAAAAAGCUCUGCACUCCAGACAACGUGAACUGUCGAGACACGCAGGGGCGGCACUCCACACCUCUGCACCUGGCAGCUGGAUAUAAUAAUCUGGAGGUGGCUGAAUAUCUGCUGCAACACGGGGCAGAGGUGAACUCUCAGGAUAAAGGUGGUCUCAUUCCCCUCCAUAAUGCUGCAUCUUAUGGGCAUGUGGAUGUGGCCGCUUUGCUCAUCAAGUUCAACGCAUGCGUCAAUGCCACAGAUAAGUGGGCGUUCACUCCUUUGCACGAGGCGGCGCAGAAAGGCAGGACCCAGUUGUGUGCGCUGCUUCUAGCUCACGGGGCCGACCCCACGCUCCACAACCAGGAGGGCCAGUCACCGCUGGACCUCGUGACGGCGGACGAUGUCCGAGCUCUCCUCACAGCAGCCAUGCCCCCCUCAGCGCUGCCGGUGUGCUAUAAAGCCCAGGUUAUCAGUGUCUCUGCAUCUGUGGCGGUGGUCCCGUCGACUCUCAAAACCAGUCCACCACUGCUCUCUUCAGACUCCAGUAUGGACGGCCAGUCCAGGACCUUUCCUGAGCUAAACACUCUACUAUCACCUCCUGGAGUUGAAGGAGCCGUAGGCAUAGAGAUGAACGAGGAGGGUCUAGCUGUAGAGUUGAGUAUCAGCCAGUUCCUUCACAACCUGGGAUUGGAGCAUUUGCUGGAGAUCUUUGACAGAGAACAGAUAACUCUGGACGUCCUGGUGGAAAUGGGCCACAAAGAGCUGAAGGAAAUUGGCAUCAUUGCUUACGGUCACAGACACAAGAUCAUCAAAGGAGCUGAAAGACUUAUUAGUGGACCUCAGAGUUUAAACCCUUACUUGACCCAGAACACAACCAACAGUGGAACAAUACUGAUAGACCUCGCUCCAGACGACAAGGAGUUCCAGUCGGUUGAGGACGAGAUGCAGAGUACGAUAAGAGAGCACAGGGAUGGCGGUCAUGCGGGUGGGGUUUUCAACAGAUACAACAUUGUGAAGAUCCAGAAGGUGUGCAACAAGAAGCUGUGGGAGAGAUACACCCAUCGCAGGAAGGAAGUUUCUGAGGAAAACCACAACCAUUCGAAUGAACGCAUGCUCUUCCACGGGUCACCGUUCGUAAACGCCAUCAUUCACAAGGGCUUCGACGAGAGGCAUGCGUACAUUGGGGGAAUGUUCGGGGCUGGGAUCUACUUCGCGGAAAACUCUUCCAAAAGCAACCAGUAUGUUAAUGGAAUAGGAGGAGGAACGGGGUGCCCUCUUCACAAGGACAGGUCCUGCUACAUGUGUCAGAGGCAUCUUCUGUUCUGUCGUGUGACUUUGGGGAAGUCUUUCCUGCAGUUCAGCGCGAUGAAGAUGGCCCACUCUCCUCCAGGACAUCACUCAGUCACUGGCCGGCCCAGUGUCAACGGUCUCGCUCUGGCGGAGUACGUCAUCUACAGAGGAGAGCAGGCUUAUCCUGAAUAUUUGAUCACGUACCAGAUCAUCAAACCUGACGGUUCUUCAGAUUAACACACAGGAGCAGAAACACGAUGCUCUUGCCAUCUCCGAGGAGAGAAACUGCUCGUUUAUUGCAUGCUUUAUUUAUACAGUGUAUAAUUCUUUUCUCUUCCUUCAGCUGUCUGUUUUGUCUUAAUUUAAAGCAAUAAUCAAAUUUCAGAUGCACGUUCAGUCAUUUACA